AUGCUCAUCAAAGAGGUGGCCCUGGACCUCACGAACUUCGUGCUGUCCAACGUGAACGACGCCAUCUCCUUCAAGCCCCAGCUGUGCUACCAGGUGCCCGCGCAGGACUACGUGGACCUGCGCGAACGCUACAUCGCGUUCACCGGGACCUCCAUGCGCAAGAACAAGUCGCGGCUGUAUUUCCUGCCCACCAACAUCUCCGACGAGCUGCAGCAGCUCAAUCCGUCCAUCCCGGACUCGGCCAAGCAUGUGCUGCGCGACGGCCACGUCUACUACAAGAACCGGCUCAUCACCGAGCUCGACUACGAGAACGUGAAGCGCGUCGAGCUGGCCUGCGCCUACAUCGCCUACGCCACCGUCAACAAGGCCGCCAGCAUCGAGGUGGAGACCGACGCCGAGAUCCCGGCCUCGGUUCCGGCCUCGGUUGCGGCCUCGGCCCCUACCACCACAACCACCGACCCUAGCGAUCAUCUCAGUGACCGCGACGAUUCUCUGGACGGCGCUGGCCCGCAGUCCGCUUCAGACCUUUCCGACACCAGCAAGCUUUCUCCGGCAGAAACCACUUCACAAGCGCUACGGCGCGGCGGUGUCAUUGGAUUCCGCGAACUCGGCUACCUCGUCAACAUCACCCCUUGGCAUUUCCACCGUGUCUUCAAAGUCAUCACCGGACUCACCAUCCGCGAAUAUGGCCAGCUGUGCAGCGAAUUUGCCAAGAAAAAUCGCGACGUUAUGAACGCUUGCAACAAGCGCGUUCAAGAACUCAAGGCUCAAGGUUACACUUACCACUGUUUUGACGACCCGGACUUCCUCAAAGAGGGCUCGCUUUGUUACGAACCCACUCACAACGUGGUACUGCUCCCCCAGUACUUCAUUGACCCCAACAAAUCCAAAGAACACAAGAAAAAACAAAAAGAGGUUAAGGUCUCCGAUGGUAAAUGUACACAACGUGUCGAGGCCCGUAAGCGUCGUAGUUCCGUAAUGUCUGGCCGAAUCCGUGCCGCGUCCCAAUCCAGUAUUAAUUCCAAUAACUCCAUUCAAGACGCACUACAAUUGGAACCUAGCUGCUACCCUUCUACACCACAAUUGAGCCCCACGGAUCUGAACCAUUCGGUGUCGACAUCCCCCGUGAUCAAUUCGGCCUCCGAAAUGUCUUCGCGAAACAAUUCGCUUGUCAAAACAUCAAUGGCCAGGUCUAGGAAAGGUAGUAUAAAUCCUACUGUCACUAAUUUACCACAAAGCUCGGGCAAGGUCGGUAAACCCACUAGACCCAAUGGUGCUGGAGGCACUUCCAACAUGAAUCAUUUCCGUCACAUGAGUGAUCCAUCGAUAGCGUUGGCCACCAAUGGACUGAAAAAUGUUCCCUUGGAUAAUAAUUCUAACGAUUCGACCGCCACUACCAACUUUGUCUCUCAGAAUCCAGUCACCUCUCCGAAGAUUGAUUUUAAAUUCGAUAUAUUUGGCAAAGAGAAUAACUUGAACGGUUUCAAAAACUCCUCGCAUCCCAGCGACGAUCUCAGAAAUGACGGUGACUCUUCUUUUGACCGCAGUAGCGAAACACGUCGCACUGCCUCAUCAUUAACCAAUGGUUCGAGUUCAAAUAACGGUGGUUUCCAGUUGGAUUUCAACGAUGACAUCCCACCAAAUGGGUUGGAACCGCAUGAUUCGGGCGUCUAUUCAAUUGGAAUGCACCCCUCUACUACUACUGCCACAACGUCCAUUCAAGGCAAUUCCAGAUCCAAUGAAUCUCUACCGCGCGGCUCGACGCAUACUUUACUAGGAGAUUUGUCUGCUGGAGAAUUCGAAGACAAUAAUCAACUAAUGUUGGACUUGAAUUCUCUGAAUGACAAUGAAAUUUUGAAUCAAUCUUACGGCAUGUUCGAUCCAAAGAAUAUAGGCCAGAGUAACAUUCAUAACAGCAACAGCUUCACGAACCUAACGAAUCAUGCUGCCUCCUAUUUGCAAAACGAACAACUGGUAACACCAGAGGAUCAACCUCCUAGUUCAGAACUACAAGACUAUGAACAGCAACAGCAACAGCAACAGAAAUAUCAACAGCAACAGCAGCAAUCGAAAUACAGCGAAAGGUCUGACAAUGCGACCAACUAUUCCCGAAAUAGACUAAAUUCCGUGGCUCCGCAAAUGGAUGACUUGGACCGCAUGUUUUUGUCGGGUCAUUCGGGUAUGACUCCAAACCUGGGAGGCCACAUUCAAUUACAUAACGACAAUUCGGGAGAUUUUUAUGGUGCCUCUAAUUCUCAACCGUCCACGAGAGACAAUACCAUGGGAACAAUGGCAACUACCGAUACAAUGGCCACAGCAGAUACCAGUGGCUCGACUAGAGAUUUCGAUGCCAAGGACUCUCUUGCAUCAUUCACCAAUUUAGGUUUUGACGUAUUGAGCCCGUGCACUUCUCCCACCGAUCUGGACACCGGGCUACCUAUCUUUGACGGAAACAUCCACAAUAACAUGGCAAACAACAACAACGCUUCCAUCGAGGCGCUCAUGUCUGCGGACAUUAAUGAUACUAUUGGAAACGGUUUCGACCUAGCGCAAUAA